AGUAAGUGUCCAAAUCUUAAGUCGAAAAAGCUCAAAAACAUAACUCGUAUACUCGUUGUACAAUAAUAAUAUUGUCAACCACUAUUAUUACUACCGACCACCACCACUACUACUAGCACCACCACCAUCCAUAACGACAUAAUAUUACUCUUGUAACUCCAACGAACAAUCUUCGGUUAAACGCUGGGAACCUUUAACGUUGUUUCGUAGUAUUACUCUAUAAAAACGUACAUGUCACUAUGCCGCACCGUCAAUCCAAUCCUGACCGUCACCCUGUUUAGCUGCUACUGUAAAUAGUCAUAAUCGUUCAAUAACCGAUAUUAUAUUAUAUUAAUAUAUUACCUGAUAUACCUAUUAAAACAAUUAUGGAUAAGAACAACGGUGAAUCAGACUCUGUGGCCCGAGGCAAUCUUAGACAGCCGACCAGGGUGUUUAAGAAGAGCUCACCAAACGGUAAAAUCACUGUUUACUUGGGCAAAAGAGAUUUUGUUGACCACAUCACCAAUGUUGAUCCUAUCGACGGCGUAGUGUUGGUCGAUCCCGAUUACGUCAAAGGAAGAAAGGUAUUUGGCCAUGUCUUAGCUGCCUUCCGAUAUGGUCGCGAAGACUUGGAUGUGCUGGGCUUGACUUUUCGAAAAGAUCUCUAUAUAGCAUCCGAACAAAUAUAUCCUGUUGGCAAUAUACGUACUCCGACUAGAUUACAAGAACGUUUGAUCAAGAAACUUGGCCCAAAUGCCAUACCAUUUUAUUUUGAGUUACCACCUCAUUGCCCAGCAUCUGUUACGCUGCAACCAGCUGCGGGCGAUACAGGAAAACCAUGUGGAGUAGACUAUGAGUUCAAAGCGUUUGUUGGUGAUACAGCCGAAGACAAACCUCACAAGAGAAAUUCAAUAAGGCUGGCUAUUAGAAAAAUUAUGUAUGCACCUAAAAAAGAGGAAGUGCAACCAUCUGUUGAAGUGUAUAAAGAAUUUGUUAUGAGCCCGAACAAGUUAUACUUAGAAGCAUCCUUGGACAAAGAGCUUUACUACCAUGGGGAAAGUAUAUCAGUCAAUGUCCACAUAGCCAACAAUUCUAACCGAACUGUAAAAAAGGUAAAAGUGUUUGUAAGACAAUUUGCCGAUAUAUGUCUAUUUUCAACUGCCCAGUAUAAAUGUACUGUUGCUGAGCUAGAGAGUGAAGAUGGUUGCCCUGUUGGUCCUGGUUUCACUUUGUCUAAAGUAUAUACAGUAAAACCUACUUUGCAUAACAACAAGGAUAAACGUGGCUUAGCUUUGGAUGGGCAGUUAAAGCAUGAAGAUACAAAUCUUGCUUCUUCAACAAUAGUGAGCAAUCCUUCACAAAAGGAAAACCUAGGAAUUAUUGUUCAAUACAAAGUGAAGGUAAAACUAUGCCUGGGUGCUUUAGCAGGAGAAUUGACGGCUGAACUUCCAUUUAUUUUGAUGCACCCCAAGCCUGAAGAGGAAGUGCUUCCAAUAUCCAAUAAUCUUGCUAUCUGUGGUACAGCGGUUGAUGACAAUGGUGUACGCGUAGAUAAUUUGAUUGAAUUAGAUGAAGAUGGCCCUGCACCGUCUCACGAUGAAGAUAUCAUUUUUGAAGAUUUUGCUCGUUUACGACUUAAAGCCGGUAAUGAUUAAUUGUAAUAACCAUGUAAAUCUGGAUGAAUUUAUGAAUUAUUUCAUUAUUCAGUCUAGAGUAUAGGUAAAUAAUA